AUGGCUACCAGGUUCCCUCCAUCCGACAGUUACCACGAUGAAAUCAUCAAUAUGGAGGUGGACAAGUACGGUGCUCAUCACCACCACCGUAUCACCCACAAUGAACCAGCAUGGAAUGAUGUAGACGGUGGACAAUGCCUGAUGCAGACUAUAGGGCCCUACGAGGGUUCCCCACCGGGACGGAGUUCGUCGCUCACCCACACCGUCGAAUUACGCGAAGGAGAGUGGAGGUUCGGCGGCCAUAAGAAUGACCCGGGCGAACGGUGCUAA